GGUCGGAGGAGAAGAGAGAGAGUUAGAAGGAGGAGGAGGGGGUACUCUCCUAAUUUACCGAGACACCUCAUGUGACCAAUGCUGACAGUGUCGCCGCGGGUGGACGUGCUUCUUUACCAUUCUCGCUAGCUUUCUUCAUGCAUAUUCGCGCAGGAGAUUCCACGCAAUCGUCUGGUGCGUCCGGAGCCCUCAGGUUACUUCCCCGGGUUUCACCGUCAUGGCCUGGAGGCGAUCGAGAACACGGUUCUUGUAUCACCCAAUCCGUUAUAUCAAUUAGGAUCGGGAUUACUUGGCAGCAGGAGGCUCGGAGAAGAAAAGGUGAUGACCUGGAUGGUGCCAUGUGAAUGAGUGAAGACCAUGAAGCCCACACACAAGCUGCUGUUCGUCCUGUGCCCCAUGCUGGUUCUAGGCUUUAUUUACUACUCCUCCUGGAAGCUACACGUAUGGGGCCAGAAGUCACAGCUUGAUGCUGAUGUGGCAACAGUAGUCCUGACUAAAGGGACUGAAGUGAAAAGAAUUGCAGAGCUGGAAGCGGAUACCUCUGUAGGACGAAUAGUAGGCUCAGUGUUUGAUAAUCAGGGCUUUUUGCUGCAGCUAGAGACAAAAUUGCCACCAGAGUUGGCAUACAAGUACGGCAAUCUCAGUGAGGGAGCAUGCAAGCCAGGAUAUGCAGCGGCGAAGAUGACAACCAUAUAUCCAAAGUUCAUGAAAGUGGCACCCAUGUUUCUUGACCCCAACUUCAAACGCCUCUCAAAAGUCAGCAGUUAUUUGCCUCCGUUUGGAUUCAAAACCCAAGAGAGAAUCAUUGACAGCAUUUUAACCACCACCAAAAAUUUUGGACUUGGAGAUGAGUUGGACAGUCUCAGCUGUAAAAAAUGUAUCAUUGUGGGCAAUGGAGGCAUCCUCUCUGACAAGUCGCUGGGUUCCCGUAUAGACGACUAUGAUGUUGUGGUCAGGUUGAAUGAAGCCCCGGUGGCUGGCUACAGCAAGGACGUAGGGACCAAAACUACAAUGAGAAUUACCUAUCCAGAGGGAGCUAUUCAGAAGCCUGAACAUUAUGAAAAGGACUCGCUUUUUGUUUUUUCUGCUUUCAAACCACUGGACUUCAAGUGGCUUCGGCAGAUGGUCUUCAAGGAGAGACUGCGAGGAACGGAGGGUUUUUGGAAGUCCGUGGCUCAGCAUGUGCCCCGUGAGCCCAGUGAGAUGAGAAUCCUCAACCCCUACUUCAUCCAGGAGGCUGCCUUCCAGUUCAUCGGCCUGCCGUUUAACAAUGGCAAUAUGGGAAGAGGGAACAUUCCAACGUUGGGCACGGUUGCAAUAACGAUGGCGCUGCAUAACUGUGACGAGGUGGCCGUGGCCGGUUUCGGCUACGACAUGAGCAUGCCCCACGCCCCACUGCACUAUUACGAGACCGUCAAGAUGUCUGCUAUUAAAGAGUCGUGGACUCACAACAUAUCUAAGGAGAAAGAGUUCCUGCGCAAGUUAGUAAGGGCCAGUGUGAUCACAGACCUCACCAACGGCAUCUGAGUGUACGCCACUCUGGUCUCCGGCCCCUUCCCGAUGGACCACAGCGCGGGAAGCCGGGGGACAGCAAGGAAGAACGAAAGAACGAAAGAGAGAAAGAAACCCGAGUGUCCAAGCGGCCUUUACACUGUGGGCUUUGUCAUAUCACAGGAGAGAUGACUUGGAGUCUAAACGGAGGUUUGUGGUGAUGUGCGCACACACGUGCCUUCUGAACCAAAGACGCCGACUGAUCACCCCACACGGGGCGAGGGGGGGGGUUGACUGGAUCCGCCCAUUCCCUGUCUGGUGCCCCGCAUUUGAACAUUUACCACUUUAAACUCCGGUGUCACAUGAAUGACUUUGGAAGAGCAGACGCGUCCAUCUUGGGGUGAAGUUGACACGGUGGACGGGCGGACGAGUAUUAGCAGUGCCAAACGUACCUCGAACAAGGGAGAGGUGCUCCUCUCUCUUUUUUUUUUUUUUUUUGCUGCCUGAAUGUAUUCACACCUCAGUGUAAAUAGCAGAUUUAGAUUUUUACUUUUUAAUCAGCUGCUGCAGCAGCCCCCCCCCCCAAAAAAAAUGUUAUUUUCCCGAUCAUCCGUCAGCUCAUCAUCCGUGGUAGGUUUCAUUUGGACACUGGAUGGCGUGCGUGCGUGCAUGCAUGUGUACUGUCCGCCUCGCCACGUGAAGGUCGGCACUGGUCUGAAUGUCACAACCGAUUCCGUCCUCCCGCUGCUGCAGAUCUUCUUGUGCUUCAGAAAUCAGUGACAUUUUUUGGGAUUGUGGACUCUAAAUAUAUAUAUAUAUAUAUUUAUAUAUAUAUAUAUAUAUGUUGUCAUUAUUUAUUUUGUUACUGAGAGCCAACGUUAGAUUCACAGGCUGGCCUGCUUUCUCUUUGUCGUGUUGGAGGAAACCCGAAUCCCUUUUGACGUCGCCACGUGUGCUUCCUACGAGAUUGCGGCCACUUUGGUUUGGCGGGAAUUAGUUUUUUUUUUUUUUUUUUCAAUAGUUUCAAUCUCAAAGUCCUCUUUGCAUCGGCACACGUCUGUCAUCUGUUCAUCUCCAAUCAAUUGUUUUUACUCAAGUAUUUCCAUGCUGCAACGUGUACUAUAUGAAUAUGUCCAAAUACGUGUUUGCUUGCCAACGUUGGAACGAGAUCAUCAGCUUUACGUCUCCAUGCUGCUUCACCAAAGCAGAACGUUCUUGAUUUUGUCUGUCUCAGGUGGGUUUUCAUUUCUUUUCUGGAAGUGCAUACUUACUGUAGCGUUCAUGUUGUUACUCGAGGGAACAGAUGACCUUUGAACUCUUAGCAGGCGCUCACACUGCCUUACAUUUCAUCUCCUGGAAGCUAGAAUGAGAAGAACCGCCGCUGACCCAGUACGGAUCGUCAGCUGUAGGUCGGGAGCGGUCACUUUUCAUUUUGGAGAUUUGGGUGCAGUCCAUUACGUGUGUGUGUGGGGGGGGGGGGGCGCUUGAAGACACUGGUUGUCUUAUUUGGAGUUUUUAUCCUCCCGGUGUUAAGGUCCAAAGUGCAGCCCACAAUGAAAUUGAGUCUUCUUUACUAAAGUCUAGUACGUGUGUAUUGUUUUUAUUCCACAUAAAGUCACUUCUAUAAACGGGCAUUUCACCGAACGCUGGCCGCUUAAGCAGCAGGCCGUGCUCGCUGUCAUUUGUCCAUUUUGAUUUUACAACACGGCAUAUAGUGUGUUGCAGCAGCUUACCGGUGUCCUUGAACGCACCAACAUGUUUGGUCCUUGCUGACAGCAUCUCGAUGCCGUGCCACUUUGGCUGAAACCAUUACACAUCAAAGUGUGUUUUCAGUCGGACAUGAAACAGAUGGCGGGUGGGGGUGAGUGCUGCCCCCCACCCUCACCCCCACCCUUGUUUUAACGUCAACGAAUGCAAUUGGCAUUCAGAUGGACUGGACCCAAAUCUCCCCCCUUGAUGAAGAGGAAUGUAUUCAAUCAGUCAAGUCUUGUUGAUUUUUUAUUCGAUUUUUGUUAACAUUUCAGCAUCAUCAAUGUGGAGGGGAAGUGAUCAAAAAUGGAGGUGUUACCAUUUUUGUUAACAUUUCAGCAUCAUCAAUGUGGAGGGGAAGUGAUCAAAAAUGGAGGCGUUACAGUCUGUUUAUAUCCAAGUGUAAAUUGCUUUCUGCGACUCGAUUAAAAGGUUUGUAAUGGA